UUCGAAGGUGUAUAAAGCAGGGCGCAUCCGUCAGAUGUGCAUCAGUCAUCAGCAAAGACAAAGUGAAGUGAACAAUCCAAUCCAAUUCAAUCUUCUUCAAGUGAACCAACCAAAAAACAAAACCAAACUCAAAAUGCCUUGCCCAUGCGGAUCUGGUUGCAAAUGCGCCACUCAGACACCCAAGACAGGCUGCAACUGCGGCACUGACUGCAAGUGCGGCGGAGACAACAAGGCCAAGUGCGGCUGCUCCUCAAAGUGAGAGGAAGGGAAGCCCAUACCCAAACCAGCACUGAUUUCGUUGUAUUAUUUUUUGUACGCAGCAGCCGUAGCCGUGCACUAUACUAGCAAUUUUUUUCUCGCUUUGCAUAAUGUCCAAUAAACUCAAUUGAAACUUG